AUGGCCAUCUUGAGAAUGGAGUGGUGGAAUCAAACAGCAGCUUUGCUAGUGUUUAUGCUUUCAUAUAUUUUGCAUCCUCAAUUGGAGAUUAUUGCACUGGCCACUUCAUCUGAUCAUGAUUUUAGUUACAUGAAAUCAGUAUACAAUGCAACUGUUCUACCAUUAGAAGAUGUAUACGACUACAUGAUCGUAGGUGAGAGAACAGCAGGGUGUCCAUCGACUGCAACUUUAUCAGAAAAAUACUCUGUUCUUGUCCUUGAAAGUGGCAGUGCUCCUGUUUCAUACCCCUGUUUCUUGCUGGAAGACGAUGGAAAGACACCUUUUCAAAGGUCCAUUUCAGAAAAUGGAGUUCCAAAUGCAAGAGGAAGGAUCCUGGGUGGCAGUAGCAUGAUCAAUGUGGGAUUCUUCUCCAGAGCCGAUGACUAG